CCGUUUCUUCACAUCGGAAUCCUUGUAAGGUGUGCUGCAGAAUAAAACAAAACAUGGCCAAGGUGAUCAAAAUGUUUCAAACCCUUAGAAAUCACUGGAAGAAGACUACCGUUGGGAUCGGCCUGCUCACUUGGGGAGGAAACUGGCUAUAUGGAAAGCACUGCGAUAACCUGCUAAGGAGAGCUGCAUGCCAAGAAGCCCAGGUGUUCGGCAACCAGAUUAUUCUUCCGAACGAGCAGAUAAAGAAAGCAACGGUAUUUCUCAACCCCGCCGCUUGUAAAGGCAAAGCCAGGAGCCUUUUUGAAAAGAACGCAGCCCCGAUUCUACACUUGUCUGGGUUGGAUGUGACUGUUGUAAAGACUGAUUAUGAAGGUCAAGCCAAGAAGCUGCUGGAGCUGAUGGAAAACACAGACGUGAUCAUUAUCGCAGGAGGGGAUGGGACUGUGCAGGAGGUAAUAACCGGACUUCUCCGAAGGGCAGAUGAGGCUGCUUUCAGUAAGAUUCCAAUAGGAUUCAUUCCCCUUGGAAAAACCAGCACCUUAAGCCACACGCUUUAUCCUGAGAGCGUCAGCCAAGUCCAACACAUUACUGAUGCCACACUGUCAAUUUUGAAAGGAGAGACGAUCCCAGUUGACGUACUGCAGAUCAAGGGAAACAAAGACCAGCCUGUGUUUGCUGUGACGGGAUUGAGAUGGGGCGCUUACAGAGACGCCGGGGUGAAAGUCAGCAAGUACUGGUACCUUGGGCCUCUGAAAGCUAAAGCAGCCCACUUUUUCAAUACAUUCAAGGGGUGGCCUCAGAAGCAUCCAGCCUCCCUCACCUAUUUGGGCCCAACUCCAAGGCCUCCAGAGGAGCCGGAGCAGACGACUGGGAGGCCGCCUUUAUACAUCAGGCUUUACAAGAGGCUUGCACAGUACUGGGCACCAGCUCUAAAAGAAAUCCCAACGGAGGUGACCCCUGAGGCCUGGCAAGAAACCCAGCUGUCUGCGAUUGAAUUGUCCAUCACCACUCAAAACAGACACCUUGACCUGAAACGCACUGAAGACUUCAUGAAUGUUUGCAUUGAACCAGAUACAAUCAGCAAAGGAGACUACAUAAAAAGAGGAAGCCAAAAGAUGCAGGACCCUCACUUAUGUCCAGAAGGAAGCCAGUGUCUUCAGGCCAGCAGGUGUAUCUUACAGCUUCCAGAGGAUACAGAAGGCUUCUUGGCUAUAGACGACGAGGAGUAUGAAGCUAUGCCCGUGGAAGUGAGGCUGUUACCGAGGAAGCUCCGGUUCUUCUGUGACUCCAGGAAAAAAGAGCAAAUGCUUCAAGGUGCAUCAUAGCCAAAGCAGAAGUCACUUGUUAUCGCGAGUGAUUU